AUGACCGUGCUAAUAAAUAGCGGUGGACGUAUGCCUGGCCUACGUGAGCAUGAAACAAACGAGUUUCCGCGGAAGCAGCCAUAUCGCAAACAACAAAAAACUUUGCAAUCAUUGUUGAUGGACUUGGAUUUUGCUGUAUCCGCGGAGGACAAAGAGGACGAUGAUCCUUUUUCGGCGCCCAACCUAACUGUUCUAUCAUCUCCAAGUGGAUGCUUGUGCUUCUGUGGGAAACAGGUUUUGAACAGCUAUUUCGCACGUCAUCUAGCAAAUAGCUGUCCUGUUGCAAAUUUGAAGGGAGUCACAAGGGACGACGUAAAAUUCAAAGAUGAUGCCAAACCCAAACUGAUGAGGGCUUUUAUUUGUGUUCCAUGUGGGCGACUAUAUCUUAAAAGAGACUCGUUCUCCAAACACUUCAAAAGGAACAAUUCUACAAAAUGCAGGCAUGAAAGGGUGAAUUUUGAGCGGGAGUGCAUGGCGUAUCACACGCUGCACUACAUAGGUCCAACGCCAGGUGCAAGCCAGUUGGAGUCCGGAAUAAGUGGGGGCGGUAUUUAUGUGGAUAGAGUUGUACAGGAGAGUGCAGUAGAUGGGUUGGUUCAAGAUCAAUUGCCAGACGACGCUAUUUUAUUGUGUCUUGGCACUAAUCAUGCUGCUCUAAAGAAUGAACUGGUUGACAAGAUGAAGUUGCCCAGCUGUCUGGUCGAGAUUUUGCUACCACUCCUUGUUUCAACAAUUGGAUCAAAAUCACCAGCAAUCUUUGUUCAGGCUGGAAUAGAGCGUGUGCGCGAGAGUCCGGAUUCCCCAAUGGCGUUUAUUUCAGGGGCAGACAAAUGGAUGCGCCAGUAUUCAGCAAGGAUGGUUGCCAUGUUGCCUGGGAGUGUUCGCCAUGAGAUGCUUUCAUUUCGUGUCGAUACCGAGUAUGAAAGCAUUUUCACGGUGAGAAACAAGAUCAAACCCGUCUGCUCUGAGUUGAAAAAGAUUAUUCAUUUCACAUGGAAGGCCUUUGGUUUGAUCCAUGGAUUUGUUGAUGAAUGGGCACCACUACAAGUCCCAAAGUAUCUGUACAUGUUGAGUUUGCAGAAUGGAGAAAAUCUCAUUGACGGUUCCCCCAAACUACUACAAUACACAUCAUUUUGUUUCUUCAAAUCAUCAGAAUCUUUGAAGGGUGCAUAUGCCAUUGGCAGCACUUUGGCAACAAUUCUUUACAUCUGCCGUCUGGGCAGUCUUGGAGAGGCUUUCAAGUGUAAUGGGAAUAAUUAUAUUGGUCGGCAGCUGGCUCUCUGCAAGGAGGUACAACAAGGACGGGUCAUCCAGACUCUGUUGCCGCUCAUAAGGUAG